AGUAAAUUUCUCAUCUACGCGUGCUUGUUGCUGUUCUCUGUUCUCCUCUCCCUGCGCCUUGAUGGUAUUAUACAGUGGAGCUACUGGGCGGUGUUUGCACCAAUAUGGCUAUGGAAACUAAUGGUAAUUGUUGGAGCGUCUGUGGGAACCGGAGUAUGGGCACGAAACCCCAUCUGCAGGGCAGAAGGUGAAACCUGUGUGGAGUUUAAAGCUAUGCUUAUAGCGGUGGGGAUUCACCUGCUUCUCCUGAUGUUUGAAGUUCUAGUCUGCGAUCGAAUCGAGAGAGCAAACCACUACUUCUGGCUCUUGGUCUUUAUGCCUCUGUUCUUUGUGUCUCCGGUUUCAGUUGCUGCUUGUGUAUGGGGUUUCAGACAUGACCGUUCUCUAGAAUUGGAGAUCUUGUGCUCUGUUAAUAUAUUGCAGUUCAUAUUCAUUGCACUAAGACUUGACAGCAUCAUCACUUGGCCAUGGCUGGUGGUGUGUGUACCCCUCUGGAUUCUUAUGUCCUUCCUGUGUUUGGUGGUUUUGUAUUAUAUUGUGUGGUCCGUCCUUUUCUUGAGAUCCAUGGAUGUCAUAGCUGAACAAAGACGGACACAUAUCACCAUGGCGGUUAGCUGGAUGGCUAUAGUUGUGCCAUUACUCACUUUUGAGAUUCUGCUUGUACAUAGACUGGAUGGCCAUAACUUGUUCUCCUACAUCCCGAUCUUUGUCCCUUUAUGGCUUUCUUUAAUCACUUUGAUGGCAACAACAUUCGGGCAGAAAGGAGGCAAUCACUGGUGGUUUGGCAUUCGGAAAGACUUCUGUCAGUUCCUGCUAGAGAUCUUCCCUUUCCUCCGGGAAUAUGGAAAUAUAUCAUAUGAUAUUCAUCAUGAGGACAGUGAAGAUGCCGAAGAAACGCCUGUACCAGAACCUCCCAAAAUUGCCCCAAUGUUUCGAAAAAAGACUGGCGUAGUAAUUACACAAAGCCCUGGCAAAUAUGUUGUGCCUCCACCCAAGCUGAACAUUGAUAUGCCAGAUUAA